ACCAUCAUCAAAGAAGGGAUGCUGACCAAACAGAACAAUUCAUUCCAGCGAUCAAAAAGGAGAUACUUUAAACUUCGAGGGCGGACGCUGUACUACGCCAAAACUGCAAAGUCUAUCAUAUUUGAUGAGGUGGACCUAACAGAUGCCAGUGUGGCCGAAUCAAGCACCAAAAACGUCAACAACAGCUUCACGGUCAUCACUCCCUGCAGGAAGCUCAUCCUGUGUGCUGACAACAGGAAGGAGAUGGAGGACUGGAUCGCAGCGCUCAAGACCGUGCAGAGCCGGGAGCACUUCGAGCCCACCCAGUACAGCAUGGACCAUUUCUCAGGGACGCACAACUGGUACGCCUGUUCCCACGCGCGGCCAACCUACUGCAAUGUGUGCCGGGAGGCCCUGUCCGGGGUCACGUCCCACGGGCUGUCCUGUGAAGUGUGCAAAUUUAAGGCCCACAAACGGUGUGCUGUGCGCGCAACCAAUAACUGCAAGUGGACCACGCUGGCUUCGAUCGGGAAGGACAUCAUUGAGGAUGAGGACGGGAUCGCCAUGCCCCACCAGUGGCUGGAGGGAAACCUCCCGGUGAGUGCCAAGUGCACGGUGUGUGAGAAGACCUGCGGCAGUGUGCUGCGCCUGCAGGACUGGCGCUGCCUGUGGUGCAAGGCCAUGGUCCACACGUUGUGUAAAGAGUCCUUGAUGACCAAGUGUCCGCUUGGCCUGUGCAAGGUGUCAGUCAUCCCUCCCACGGCGCUCAACAGCAUCGACUCUGAUGGGUUCUGGAAGGCCACCUGUCCCCCGUCUUGCACAAGUCCCCUCCUGGUCUUUGUCAAUUCUAAAAGUGGGGACAACCAGGGCGUGAAGUUCCUCAGAAGAUUCAAGCAGCUGUUGAACCCUGCCCAGGUCUUCGACCUCAUGAACGGAGGACCGCACCUUGGCUUGCGGUUAUUCCAGAAGUUUGACACCUUCCGGAUUCUGGUUUGUGGCGGGGAUGGUAGUGUUGGCUGGGUCCUCUCUGAAAUCGACAGCCUCAACCUUCACAAGCAGUGUCAGCUGGGAGUACUGCCCUUGGGGACAGGGAAUGACCUGGCCCGUGUGCUUGGCUGGGGCGCAGCCUGUGAUGACGACACCCAGCUCCCCCAGAUCUUGGCGAAGCUGGAGCGGGCCAGCACAAAGAUGCUGGACAGGUGGAGCGUCAUGGCGUACGAGACCAAGCUCCCUCGGCAGGCUUCCUCCUCCACCGUCACCGAAGACUUCAGCGAGGACUCCGAGGUGCAGCAGAUCCUCUUCUAUGAAGACUCGGUUGCAGCCCACCUUUCUAAAAUCCUGACCUCAGACCAGCACUCCGUGGUGAUCUCGUCAGCCAAGGUGCUCUGCGAGACAGUGAAGGACUUUGUGGCCCGUGUGGGCAAGGCCUAUGAGAAGACGACCGAGAGCUCAGAGGAGUCGGAGGUCAUGGCCAAGAAGUGCUCCGUCCUGAAAGAGAAGCUAGACUCACUCCUCAAGACCUUGGAUGACGAGUCCCAGGCCUCAUCCUCCCUGCCCAACCCGCCCCCUACCAUUGCCGAGGAGACAGAAGACGGGGACGGGGCGGGCAGUGUCUGUGGCUCUGCUGGGGACCGCCUGGUGGGCUCAGCGUGCCCUGCCCGGCCGCAGAUCUUCCGGCCCCGGGAGCAGCUCAUGCUUCGAGCCAAUAGCCUGAAGAAGGCCAUUCGCCAGAUCAUAGAGCACACGGAGAAAGCGGUCGACGAGCAGAACGCCCAGACGCAGGCGCAGGAGGGCUUCGUACUAGGCCUGUCUGCCUCAGAGGAGAAGAAAGACCUGAGGAAGGAGGACAAGGUGUGCCCACCGCCGGCCCACAGCGAGGGCUGUGGGGUCCUCAAGGGCAGGAGCCACCGCAGAGUGUCCCGAGCCCCCUGUGAAAAGCUGAUGAGCAAAGGGGGUCUGUCUGUGGGCAGCUCUGCCUCUCUUCCUCCCCAGACGGGAAGCCGGGACAGCCUGCCAGCGCUGAACACCAAGAUCCUGUACCCAAGCGUUCGGGCUGGGAUGUCUGGUUCCUUGCCUGGCGGCUCAGUCAUCAGCCGCCUACUGAUUAAUGCUGAUCCCUUUAAUGCUGAGCCAGAAAACCUCGAGUACUACACGGAGAAGUGUGUCAUGAACAACUACUUGGGCAUCGGCCUGGACGCGAAGAUAUCGCUGGACUUUAACAACAAGCGGGACGAGCACCCCGAGAAGUGCAGGAGCCGGACCAAAAACAUGAUGUGGUACGGAGUCCUGGGCACCAAAGAGCUGUUGCACAGAACCUACAAGAACCUGGAGCAGAAGGUCUUGCUGGAGUGUGACGGGCGCCCGAUCCCCCUCCCUAGUCUUCAGGGAAUUGCUGUCCUCAACAUUCCCAGCUAUGCCGGAGGGACCAACUUCUGGGGGGGCACCAAGGAAGAUGAUACUUUCGCAGCCCCGUCAUUUGAUGACAAGAUUCUGGAGGUGGUCGCCGUGUUUGGCAGCAUGCAGAUGGCUGUGUCCCGUGUGAUUAAGCUGCAGCAUCACCGUAUCGCCCAGUGUCGCACGGUGAAGAUUUCCAUCCUGGGCGACGAGGGCGUCCCUGUGCAGGUAGACGGAGAGGCCUGGAUCCAGCCGCCAGGGUAUAUUCGGAUUGUCCACAAGAACCGGGCACAGACGCUGACCAGAGAUAGGGCCUUCGAGAACACGCUGAAGUCCUGGGAGGACAAGCAGAAGUGCGAGCUGCCCCGCCCGCCCUCCUUCUCACUGCACCCCGAGAUCCUGUCCGAGGAGGAGGCCAUGCAGAUGGACCAGUUUGGCCAGGCGGCAGGGGUCCUCAUCCACAGCAUCCGGGAAAUAGCCCAGUCCCACCGCGCCGUGGAACAGGAACUCGCCCACGCUGUGAACGCCAGCUCCAAGGCCAUGGACCGCGUGUACGGCAAGGCCAGAGCUGCGGAGGGGCUGAACUGCGGCUUCGUCCAGGAAAUGGUCGCCAAUGUCAGAGCCCUGCGCAGCGAGACGGAGCUGCUGCUGGCCGGGAAGAUGGCCCUGCAGCUGGACCCCCCACAGAAGGAGCGCCUUGGGGCUGCCCUCGCCGAGAUGGACCGGCAGCUCAGGAAGCUGGCGGAUAUGCCCUGGCUCUGCCAGCCUGCGGAGCCCGGGGACGAGGAGGUACCGGGCUCUCACCGUGUCUCUCCUCGACAGCACGUGAUGCUGGAGCUCUCUAAGCGCAGCCGCAGUGGGAAAUUCCGCCUGGUGACCAAGUUUAAAAAGGAGAAGAACAACAAGAACAGAGAGGCUCACAGCAGCCUCGGAGGCCCGGUUCACCUCUGGGGGACAGAGGAGGUUGCUGCCUGGCUGGAGCACCUCAGUCUCUGUGAGUAUAAGGACAUCUUCACGCGACACGACAUCCGGGGCUCCGAGCUCCUGCACCUGGAGCGGAGGGACCUCAAGGACCUCGGUGUGACCAAGGUGGGCCACAUGAAGAGGAUCCUGUGCGGGAUCAAGGAGCUGAGCCGCAGCACCCCUGCCACCGAGGCCUAGCCUCCGCCUUCUCCGUCUGCAUCCCCCGCCCCUCCUGCGACUGAGGCCUGGGCCGAUGCCCCCGCCUUUCUCAUGGUGCUACUCCCUUUGAUGGUGACAGGAAGCCUCUCUGAUUCUCGUUCCUAACAGCUCUGGUCUCAAACAUACCAACAACACAGCUACCUUGGAAACGCCACCUUUCCCAGCUCGGAGUCGGGGCGCAAGCAGCAUUGCCCACUCUGGACUUUUAACCAACCUGUGCCGGGGGCCACAGGAUCAUGUGAGGUUCGGCCCCGGUGCACCAUGUACUCUGUAGAAACUGGUUGUCCUGUGGGGCUCCUUGCCACAUGUCCUUGGUUGGUCACAUCGGGUGGCAUCACCUCCACCCUCCUGGCUCUCGGAAGCGUGACUAGGCACAGCCCGCAGCGGCCCCACGCCAGAAUGCCUGACAGCCAUUCGGUGCCUGACAGCCACCCGUGGUUCUCCACGGCAGCCCCGCAAGGCAGCCCACUGCUAUUGUCCUGUUUGUUCCUCGGGUUGUUAAACUCAGCUCCUGCACUUUCCUGGGUUGAAAGUGUCCUGGAUGUGCUUCCUGUCCUGUUUUAGUCGCCUCUGAAGAGAAGGAAAGCGUCCUCCUUCCUGAGAACGUGGGUGGCAGCCCCACUCCUGGCAGAUGAGCCUCUCCUCCGCUCAGGGCUGGGUCCUCCCGUGCUGUGCAAGGGGCAGCUCUUCUGUUCCGCAGGACACUGCAGAGCAGCGUGGGGGGAUAAGUGGGGUGGGUUUGGUGGCUUCUGUACUUCCGUGGAGAGCAAGCGGGUUUCCAGGCUUAGAAUCUGUGGGCCUGUGGUGGCUUCCUGUUUGCUGCUGUCAGACCUGGUGUCCCUGCGGUGUCUGUGGGGACUCGACUCGGGGCCCACGCUGCUCCUGCCCCGCACCAGUCCCAGGUGCCAGCUUGUCCCCCACAGGGCGGACUGUGCCGGCGGAUGGUGGUGCCGGUGCCUGGGGUGCCCCUCAUGCCGCUUCCUGCCUUUCCCCGCCCCUCAGGCCGUUCACAGCACCGGGAAGGGCUUUGUCCUGUGGGGCUCCAUAGGUGUGAGGAGGGCUGCCAGGUCACGGCUCCGCAGAGGACAGUGGCACUAGCACUGCUGCAGCCCUUCAGUUGAGUCACCCCAUGUGACAUGGACAAGCUGGGUAGGGAGCUGCUAAGGGCUUUGUCCAGAGGUGCCCGCAGGGCUGGGUGUAGACCUGGAUGGCUUUGGGGUGUCCCGAUGGCGUCCUUCUAGCCUGGCAACUGGGAGCCAGACGCCGCAUUUCCCACCCUGUGUGCCCAGGCCAGAUUCCCCCUGUGCAGCCGCCCGUCCUUGCGUGCACGUGGGCCGGGCCACCUACCGAAGGAGUCUGAGGUGGACGUACUUGCACUGACCCUGCGUGUGGCUGUCCCCACCCAGGAGUGGCUCACUGGGGUGACAGAAGUCAGUGCGCCUGGUGCCUGCUGGCCCAGUCAGAGCAAGCUGAAACUUAGGUGAGGAGGGGACGUGGCACUAAGGCCACCCCAAGUCCUCCAUGUCCUCUUGGAAAGCCCUGGGUUUGGGUCAGGGGUGUUGUUUAAAAUCAGUGUUGCCAGUUUCUGAGACGCAGUUUAUGUAAAAAGCUUAAGUCAGAAGUGAAAGGCCCAGCGCAGGCGGUGCGGGGAGCGGCCAGGUGGCGGUAGGCCCCCACGGCCCGUGCCGGCCCCGCGCCCCCGGUAGCGUCGCAGGCCGGUGUCCUGGAGUCCAGGGCGCUGCAGUCCCGUCUUGGAGGGAGGGCCCCUGCGGUCCCGGAGAAGAGGUUUCGUGGCCCGGUGGGCGCCCCCUCGUAUUUAUAAUGCUAAUUUAUACGGUGACCACCUGGCCGCAGAGGCCUCUGUGGAUGUGUACAUAGUCCGUUGGAGAGCUGUACAUACGUCCUUCUGUGUAUAAUAAAAUGAGCCUGUUUUUGAUCUUCCA